AUGCUCUCAACAUGACAAAAGCCGCGCCUUGAAUCUACAUACAGUUCCGGGGCAGGGACAACAGCAACAUAGCAGGCAAGUGUGAAGUCGUAUAACCAUUGAACACUGAUUUGUGCCUACAAGAGUACAUGUUUACUGUGGAGAUACGGUACUCUAGAUCACGGAGUAACUGAGGCCACAAGUCUUCUUGACGUUUCCAUCGGCAGACCGGAGUCUUCACACCAUGGCCUCGCCAGCUGUACCAGACGAGGGCCAAGUACAACUUGAACUUGAACCUAUAACGGCCCAGCCGAGCCACGUGGUCCUGACGAAUCAGCCGCAGGUUCCUAUUGGCUGUCCUCCUGGGCUGGAGUAUCUCACACAGAUUGAUCAACUCCUGGUCAAACAGAAAGUAGAACUACUGGAAGUGUUUUCGGACAUCGAGACCAAAAACAAAUACGAGAUCAAGAACUCCAUGGGACAGCAGGUGUACUACGCAAAAGAAGAUUCCAGUUUCUGUACCCGCCUGUGUUGUGGCAAGCGCCGUGGAUUCCGGAUUAUAGUCCUGGACAACAACAAGAAGGAAGUAAUCCGUGUGAAGCGGAAGUUCAAGUGCUGCGGAGGGAUCGCCUGCUGUGCCAACUUGGGGUGCGCCGCCCACGAGGUCAAGGUGCAAGCGCCCCCUGGGACGACCAUUGGUUAUGCGCGACAACAAUGUACGUGUUGGAAGCCGCACUACUCCGUCCGUAACGCGGACCAUGAGACGGUGUUUGACGUGAAGGGGCCGUGCUGUAUCUGGAGCGGGGCGUGCUACAGAUGUGAUACAGACUUCAAGGUUUACAGUCCGGACGGCGACACGGUGGUGGGAAAAGUCAGCAGACAACACGCCGGCUUUAUCAAGGAGCACUUCAGUGAUGCCACCAACAUGAGCGUCACGUUUCCGAUGGACCUGGACGUGAAAAUGAAAGCGACGAUGCUGGGGUUGGCUUUUCUGAUCGAUUUCAUGUAUUUCGAGGACCAACACCAAGACUCAGACUAGGUGCUACGUCAAACCACUCAAACUGAGGCAGCUGAACUGACGUCAUUCAACGCGUCAUAUCUUUACCAAAUAUGGAGCCUUCUCAUAACGUCCAUAAUUCUACAGCGGUUUUAAUCCAUUUCUGUCUUAUUUCUUUUAAAUACCAAAGAAAGAACAGAUGAAAAAAAUCUGUUCAAUAUCUGAGUAUCUGUUCACAUUUCAUCAGGAUGCAUAUAUGCAUACAUGCAAAAAUCCUACUUGAUAGUAUAUCUAAUACUAAAAAAGC